CUCACUCCUCAGCAAGUCAAGGCCCUGGGGAUCACUCUCACCCCUCAGCAAGUGAAGGCCCUGGGGCUCACGCUCACCUCUCAGCAGGCCCAGGCUCAGGAUAUUACUCUUCCUCUGGGGAAGCACCAUGUUUCGGGUGUUACAAUGUCACAUGAACAGGCCCAGGGAUUGAGAACUACUCUCACUCCGGAGCAAGUCCAAACACUGAAAGUCCCUAUUACUCCUGAGUAUACAGAGACACUAAAAACAUCUGUCACUUCUGAACAGAAUCAGGCAAUGCCAGUCCCACUAGAGACUGAGCAGGCCCAGUUAUUUGGGGUCCCACUCUCCCACAGUCAGGGAGUUACUAUCAUGCCAGGGCAGACUGAGACAUUUGGUGCCACCCUCACCUCUGAGCAGGUUCAGGCAUUGCAGGGCCAUCCUGAUCCAAAACAAGCACAGUCAUUGAUGUUCACUCUUACUCCUGAGCAAGCCCGGACUUUGGGUAUCACACUUACCCGUGAACAAGAUCAAGCAGCAGCUAUCACCCUCAACCCUGAGCAGGCACAGGCAUUAGAAGUUCCUCUUACUGAAGAACAGGUUUGGAAACUGGGGGCUUCUAUCACUCCAGAAAAAGCUCAAAAAGCACCAAGCAUUAUUCUGAAGCAGUUGCAAGCCUUGGGAGUCACUUUCUCUCAUCAGCAGGCUCAGGCAUUUCACACUCCUCUCACCUUAGAAGAGCCUGCCACAUUGGCUCCUUCCACUCUCAGACCAUUUGAGGAAUUAAAGACUUCUCUUCCCACUGGGCCAUCCAUUAUAUCAAAAUUAUCUCCAAGCCUUAGGCAGCCCCUGACAUCAUCAUCUAUUGCUGAGAAGUCAUCUAUAUUUAAGGUCACUUCUACUCCUUUGCAGAAACCAAGGCCUUUUUUCACCCAAGUUCCCUUUGCCCCUGGGGGACACCUCAGAAAGAAUAUUCUUUCUGACUCUGGGAAGCUCCUGGCACCACAAAUCUUUCCUACCUCUACGCAGAUCCCAUUGUAUAAAGGUGGAGCCACUCCUUCCCAGUCCCUGCCACCAGAGGUCUCGUCCCACCUUGGGCAGCUCCCAAUAUCUGGGGCCCCGGCCAUUCCAGGGCAGCUACCUCUUAUAUCCAGAGUCCCACUCACCUCUGGACAGAUUCCCAGACACUUGGCUUCUCUUUCUCCUGAACAGCCCUUGGUUCCUGGGGCCUCUUCCAUCCCCAGGGAGCACCUGGAAUCUGGACUCUCAGCCAUCUCAGAGCAACCCCAGGCAUUCCAACCUCCUGCUACCUCUGAGCAGUCUUCCUUUCUUCAGACCCCUUCCACCCCUGGGCAGCAUCUUGCACCAUGGACCCUUCCUGGACAAGCUUCCCCAUCAUGGAUCUCUCCCACUACUGGGCAUUCCUCCACAUUAUGGACCCUCCCAAUUCAUGAGAAACCCAAGAAAGCUUUUCCCUCUUCUGUCACUCAGAAAAGAUUGGAAACUAUUUCUUCUCUGAAGACUAAAUCAUCAUUGAUCCAACCAAGUGUCCCAGAUUUCAAGGUACCUCAAGUUCCUUUCACCACUAAGAAGGUCCAAAUAUCUGAGGAAGAAACCCCGAUGUUCCCAGAGACUUUUGUCAUGGAACCAUUUCAGUCUUACCUCACCAAUUAUAGGACACCAGAAUCACAAACCCCUUAUAUUGAUGAGGCAACCCUUUCCACUCUUGGAAAGCCUAUAACAUCAUUAGCUUCUCUUAGUACUCAACUACCCAAAACAUCACAGAUCUUACCUUUUGAAUGGGACCAGAAAUCCCAACUUCCCCCUAUAGACAAGUCCUGGAUACUGACUUCAGUUUUAGGUGCCAAGAAAACCAAGAUGAUGGUGCCCCCUUCUUCUCUCCAAGACCUUGAAGAGAACAGGUAUUUUGUUGAUGUGGAGGCUCAGAGGAAGAACCUGAUACUAUUAAAACAGGCCACCAAAACUUCUGGACUCCCUUCACAGCAAUAUGCAAUAGCCUGUAAUCUUAUAAUUGAGACACUUCAUAUGGACACAGUUCGGCUGGGAUACUUGUUCCGCAAGUACAUUGCCUAUAGACUGAUCCAGCGUGCCAGAAACAACAUAAUCCAGCGAUUAAAAGCCAUCCAAAAUACUGGGAAAGGUUCUGAGACCCAGGACCUCUGCACCACGCUCAGCAGAAUUGAUGACUACCAGAAAAAAGUGAUGAAGGUUUGGACUGAGAAGCAGAAGCUUCUACAACAGAAACGAAAUCAGUGCCUGACGAAAAUGAUAAAUUUAUUUAACCAGCUCCGAGAGAUGUAUAAAUUGAAUCUUAGUCAACCUAUCCCUUUGAUCACUGACAGUAAGCAGAUACCUACUAUUACUGAAUUUGUUCAACAACCAUUCUUAGAGUUACUAAUUGAAGAGGACAAAAACUCUGGCCUUUUCAAGAAAUUUAGACAACAAGAUCAGAUGGAGUCCAUCUGGAAUGCUGAUCUCUCUACUUCGAGCUACCCAAUAACAGAGAAGACAACCAUUCAGUCACUCUGGGCCCAGCUGGGCGGGUACCCAGAUAUUCCUCGGCUACUCCAGUUAGAUAUUCAGUCAACCUUCAGAAAAUCACUCACAUCCAUUCAAUCACAAUCUAAGAAGAUUCCCAAGUGACUGCAAAAUGAAAUACAAGCAUGUUGGAAGUAAAUUUCAAUGUGUUUCAGUAAAAUGGCUAUUUUUCUCUAUUUCGUGGAUAUAAACUGCUUUGUCUGUUCUGUGCUGGUGUUAUUCAUUUCCACAAUACUGCUGUGACCACUUAAGAAAUGUUAUCUGCUCUUUAUUUCACUGGAAAUAAAGCUACACCAAACUCUGGAAUGGGCUGAGUCAUAAAAAGGGACAGGGUAAAGUGCACAGUCUUCAUCCUCCAAUUACCAAUCCAAACUCAUAGAUGUCUCAGAAAUAAGAAAUGGAUAUAAAUAAAGGAAACCAAAGCCAUCAGAAACCCCUAAAGAAUCAGAAGGUGGUUAUCAUUUGGUGAGAAAGGGAAAUAGUCACACUGUAUAGAAGAAGGCCAGGCUUCCUACACUGGGAUAGAUUUGGGGAAAAUUUUUGAGAUAGGAUCUUUUCUAUUCACAUUUUGCAAAGUAGAUAACUGCAUUUCCCAUCAGCCCUACUGCAAUUCCAUAAAGCAGGAGUGCCAAGAGGCUCAUAGGAGAGCAAUAUUGGGAUGCAGGGCAUAAAAGAAAAAAAAUAGUAAAUGCUGGCUUUACUGAGAAGCAUCUAACGGUGUCCC